CCCACUUUGACCCACCUGGGCUCUAUUCCUCAAUCUUUGUUCUCAGGCACAGUAGCCAUCUUAUCAGUGGCAUGGUUUUCAGUCAUCUUGCGUGUCUACGUCCGCAGUGUGAUGAUGAAAUCGUUUGGUUGGGACGACUGGACCAUCAUGCUUGCUAUCGUAGCGUUCACAGUACAAUGCGUGUAUAUUAUAAAAGCUGUCGAGAUGGAGAUGCAACCGCAGAAGUACAACAACGUCAAGGGUCUCUCUCUUAUUGUGACAGACAUCAUCGCCUUCAGCGGAUCCUAUGCCAUCACCGCGGUAUUCUUGAAAAUCUCUCUAGGCUUCUUCUUCCUACGAAUCAUCAUCGAACCGUGGCAGAGAGUGGUCAUCUACAUCUGCAUGGCCGUCAGCACCGUCUACGGCUUCAUCUACUUCGGCAUCGUCACAUUCGGCUGUGGAGAUCCAGCGAAUUUCCUCUUACGCACCGUGCAACACAAGUGCAUCUCAAUCCCUGAUGUCGUUAUCCCUGCCAGCUACGUGCACACGGCUUUGAAUGCAGCCACCGACUGGAUCAUGGCUCUCCUGCCUAUCGUCACAAUCUGGAAACUCAACAUGCCUCGCAUAACAAAGUUCUGGGCAUAUCUCUUGCUCGCGCUGGGAGCAGCAGGAAGUAUUGUCUCACUCAUUCGUUUCGGCUACGUCGAGGGCUUGCGUCCAGGAAAACACUUUUUCCAGCAAAGUGCAAAGUUUGCACUGUACAGUACCAUUGAGCCCGGUCUGGGCAUCACAGCCGUCAGCUUUGCAACUCUGAGACCGCUGUUCAAAAAGUGUCUUGAAGGAGCCAAGUCGGUCUCUCAUUCUCAGGGUAGUCGGAGUGGCAGAAAGAUGGCUUCGAGCGCACAGGACAUUCAACUCAAGGGGCUUCCCAUCUCGAGGUCCCGACCACGCGACGGAUUCCAGACGUUUGGGGGUUCGGAUGACGGAAGCUCUCAACAUUGGACU